GCAGUUGAAUUGAGUCUCGACUGGGAAGUAGGAAGUGCUGUGCUCAAGCUUCCUGUAUAAAUAAAUGCAGCUUUCCCACAGCUACUGCAUGCAAGCUGCGACGUGCUUUUAAGAUAUAAUGGCAGCGUGCACUUAAUAGCAGGGAGGGGAUGAUUCCUUGGASUGGCARAGGGGCUGGGAGACGAGUCCUGCUGCAGCCCUUAAAGAGUGUACAGCUGUCAGGCAGCCAGGGAAGAGGAAGGGCGUGUGAGAGCGAUCUGCUCCGCUCCUCACUGCGAGCUUCAGGGGACUGUGACAUCGUGGCUCUGAGUGCACCUACUGAAAAGUCACAGCUGGCAGGGAAAGCGAGUCUCCUUUCAAGGCUGUGGACCAUUAAUGACUGAAUGGGUUCUGCUGGGAAGGCUGGUCCAGACACCAUGACAACUGACGAGUCAGAAGCUGGCGACUUAGUUCUGGAGCCUCUCCUCACUUGCAAGCUAUGUCUCUCUGAAUAUUCCCUGGAUAGGAUGACCACUCUUCAGGAAUGCAGCUGCAUCUUUUGUACAGCGUGUCUAAAACAGUACAUGGAACUGGCAAUUCAAGAAGGUUGUGGUUCUCCUAUCACAUGUCCAGACAUGGUAUGCUUGAACCAUGGGACCCUACAAGAAGCAGAGAUUGCCUGUUUGGUUCCUGUUGACCAGUUUCAGCUAUACAAGAGGUUGAAGUUUGAACGAGAAGUCCACUUGGACCCCCAGAGAACAUGGUGCCCCACAGCCGACUGCCAAACCGUGUGCCACAUCGCACCGAGUGAGUCGGGAGCGCCGGUACUGGUGGAAUGCCCCUCCUGCCACCUCAAGUUCUGCUCCUCUUGCAAGGAGCUGUGGCAUCCGCAGCACCUGUGCCAGGAAAACCAAACUACUUCAGUACCAACCGAGCAGGGAUUCCUCAUUGGAGCAGAGACAGAGGCWCCAAUUAAGCAGUGCCCAGUUUGUCGGAUCUAUAUUGAGCGAAACGAGGGCUGUGCUCAGAUGAUGUGCAAGAACUGCAAGCACACGUUUUGCUGGUACUGUCUACAGAACUUGGAUAAUGAUAUCUUCUUACGACAUUAUGACAGAGGUCCUUGCAGAAACAAGCUGGGCCACUCACGGGCUUCAGUGAUGUGGAACAGAACACAGGUUGUGGGGAUCCUCGUUGGACUGGGUAUCAUAGCACUGGUGACCUCUCCGUUGCUGCUCGUUGCAUCUCCAUGUAUCAUCUGUUGCAUUUGYAAAUCUUGCCGAAGCAAAAAGAAAAAGCACAGUCCACCAACAACCUAAAACUCGGGGUCCUUUUGAGUCUCCAUCUGUACAGCAUAUGUAUGUGAGAAAGCACAAUGGUUGWGUUUUGGUGCCAUACCUACCAAAUAAUGCUCCCUUUUUUUUGGCCAAUUCUUGGGAAAAGUGCCUAUUCUUUACAGGCUACUUUAUCACUAMGUCCUAGUGGGGGAAAAGUCUAGAUUAAUGUGCAGUACACAUGGUAUAGGUUUUGGCUUUCUGAAAAGGAAAACAGRACACCAUUCAGUUGUUCAUACCAUGAACAUGAUCUGCCUUUCAGGACUGCUAGAACUUUCCCAUUUUCCAUCAGCUGCACAUGAUUUGGUCCUGCUGCUUUACUCUGUCUUUGCAGAUCCAGUUUACUGUUGUGCUUGCUGUUGGUUCUUGGUGACACUCAGAUUUCUGAGAAAGUUUUGGGUCUUUUGUAAAAGAGGAAGAGGAAAAGCCUGAUUAGGUUUUUCUGUCUGCUAGCUUGUGUCCUGUUAAAGGUAACAAACAAUUAAGAAAAUAUGUUUGGUAGUUUCCUGUCAAUCAGCUGCCAUGGCAUUUCUUUCAGCAUCCAUUUGAUUUUUAGUAAUGAUCUCAAUUACAGAAGUAAAAAAAMCAACAGAAGUCUUUCUAAGAUAGGGCUCUCUUUUGACAGACUGGACUACCUUGACAAAGCUUAUAUUUUUUUUACAUCAAACCUGUUAUUUCUACCAUGAAAUAUUAGGAAUAUGUGUAUUUCCCUACCACUGGGCAUGUCUUUUUGUCAGUACAUGGGCGUAGCAAACUCAGGUGAAGGUAAUAUUGUAAGAAAGACAACAAUACAGAUGCCAUUUGUGCAGAGUGCUGGGAUCCUGGUUGUGUGUGAAGAGCGGCCGCAUGGGCGUGGAUAUACCAGAUAGAUGGGCAAUGUAUUUUCKAGGCAGUCAGUAUAUGUUUUCAAGAGUUUGAAUGGGGUGGCAGCAAGAACCCUGUUAAAAAGUUAAACCAGGCUAACCUUACGGACCUGCUGAAGUGAAUACUUGAGAAAUGCUGUAUAAAUGUGAGCUCCAUCCAUUCGUGGGUAUUUCUUUCAUCCUGCUCAAGGUUAACAAGCUCCAUUACUGAUAUUUUUUAGAUAUUCUAAAUCUGGAAGGCUGUCAUUUAAUGAGUGCUUCAUUUUAAUUUGGUGCCUCAUCACCAAAGCGAUUCAGACCCUGGUAGCAGUUACACCUGUAUAAGUUCACUGAAACCUCCCUGGAGGGAGUAGCUGGAGUUACUCCAGGCUCACUCAGGAGUAGCUGAGAUCAGACUCUGCUCCCUGGCGUUCAUUUCUUUAAUGGAAGGUGCUUCUCUCAACUGGGGCUGGUGAUGCUUUUGUUCUGGACUCCCGCCUGUGCAUUUUAUAUCUGUGGGAACAGAUACAAGUUUGCCCUUUUUAAUUGGCUGUGAUUCCAAACCCCUUUCCAUAAGGGCUGCAAGGUUGGAAUGAGACGCUCAUCCCGAGUGUGGUGUCAGGCUUGUGCUCUGCCUGGCUGCCCCUCUCGGAGCGCACAGCGCGGGGCACCCGCAGAGCGCUGCCAGGAGCAUCUGUGCGUGGUGUUUGGCCAAGCCUCAGGAACUUUGCCUUCUUGGCAGCUGUAAAUGURGCCUUUUUUUUGUUUAACUUUGUUCUCUGGUUACUGUAACAGAACUGCUAGGUGUUCUUUUGAGGAAGUGUAGUCUGUUGAGCAGACUAGCAAGGACAAAGGCCUUAAAUGAUACUGUCUGUUUUACUUUUUAAUUGAUUUCUUUUAUAAAUGCUGUCUGACUUUGCUGUCAGUMGUGGCUGGAGGGCAGGCAGUGCUCGCUAGUGUGAAAGGCUAUAUUUAUUCUUCAUCCUCAGCUUUGAAGGGAAGCAGAAAGAAAGGUAGUCAGUACAUUCUAAAUACAGAGUGCAAUGCAGGCAACUGCCAUUUAUAAUAAAUAAUGUUUUCAGUACGUGUUUUUUUUGAAAAGCACUAAUGGUAGUGCUUUGGGGUACUUGUGACAGAUUAAAGUGUCCAGCCCUUGGCUUUGCACUAUUUUUCUACCUAUGUUUUUAUGGCACUACUGUCAUUUCCAUUUUAUUUAUGAACUUGAAGUUGCAAGUCUUACUUUAACAAAACCUCAAGGACAAAGAUAUAGGAACUGUACAGUCUCUUUAACCAUAACCAGCAUUGCAAUAUACCAGUAUCCUCUGCAUGUUAAAAUUUGAAGGUUUUUCAUGUUUUGUGAUCUUACCCAUGACCAAUGCAUCCUUUACUAGUCCAGUUUCUUUCCUUGUCUUCUCCCUCUUUCUCUUGGCCUGUUUUUGCUAAAAUGCCUAUUGAAAUGAAGGCGUCUGAUCCUUUUUUCRUUAAUACUGUUGUGUUAAUGAAACUUGUCAGGUUCUUCCCUUGGUUAUAGGAACCCAUCUGAAAACAGCUGUCUUGCACCAGUUUAGGUGUCUGGUGAUGGUACCAAAACUGGUAUAAAUUAAUCAUGCAGGAGUUAACRCAGCCUGGCAGUUUCAGGGCCAUUCCAGGCAUCAAAUAAAAAUGGAUGUGUACUGGUAGCCCAGACGUUUGCUAGAGGUCUUUACACAAAAACUGGGUAAGCAGAGCAUGAGCUACAGGCACACCUUCCUUUGGCUGCRUAGGUGCAACAAAUAGACCAAGAAGGAAGCUCUAGACACACUUAAGAGCUUAAAAGUAAAGCUUUGCAGCAAUGAUCUUCUUUAAAAGGCUGAGUCCAGUGGCCCUACAUAUCGUGGCUUUUCGUUGCAUGGGAAUGCUUCAGUAUGUGCAUUAGGUAGCCCCUGGCCUGGCUGACUCAGGCAGUACCUGAGCUGACAUUCUGGGAGUAGUAAAGCCCUGUUGCUUUGUUUUCCAGAAGGCAGCUAUUUUGCACCAGCUGGCUGUGGUCACAGAGUUCCCAGGGAAACAUUUUAGCAGGAGUCUUUUUUACAGUGUUGGCUUUUGGUUUUGUGUUGCUUUUUUUUUUUUUUUAAAACUUCAUAAAAACCAUUAAAGUCACUUUAUAAAAGAUUUAUUGAAAGCAUGACCACACUAGUAGUAAUUAUGGAGAAGGAAAAAAAACCAAGACUGACUACAUGUAACUCUUAAUCAAUGUAUCUGUUAAUCCACCCACCAAAACUCCGUGUGAUGUAGUUGGUGCAUGUUACCACCAGACUUCACUGCUCUUCCCAUCUUCCUGCCCCUGUGGCAGGUGGCYGGCAUGGAGGUGGCACCUGGGGGAGAGCUUAGGGCUGGGGCAGUUCAGGCACCACACAGGAGCACAUUGCCCACCCUGGACACAUCAUCAGUUUGUUCUCAGGCCUUUAACCACUGAGAGACACCUUGGGGGUUUUAGGCCUUUAAUGUGACACUUAGAGCCUUCACAGACGUCUGUGAUGUUUGACAGAAGUGGCAGGUACUCCAUUCCCUCUGAACCAGGAGCAUUCAGGCCCUGUGAAAAUUGGGCUCUAGGUGUUUCAAAGUCAGUUUGUAAACUUAGGAGACCAGUGCUAGAAAUCAGGAUUUUUACUGCAUCUGACCACAAAUCUCCAUGGCCUCAUAUCACGUCAUUUCCCACCUGAUGUCAAAUAUAGCUGAAGAUCCCGUUCAGCAUUCCAUGUCCUUGUGUUAAAAUGAGGGUGAUGAUACCUGCUCCCAGAUCCUUCUCUUAAUAAAAAGAAUAUAUUUUUUCAUGCUACAGCCUAAGUGCAUCUCUGCAGUAUUUAUUCCAGAACUGUGGAGGUGUUCAGUGUUGCCCUCCAGUAAGUGAUGGCUUAUUAUUGGUGAAUGGGUUACUUACCCCAAAGAAGGACAUGAGGGGUAAUAGUAAUGAAUGUUUCUCAGUGCUUUAAUGUUACUAAAUGCUGUGUCUUGUUGUCUGUCCAGCAUGAAGUCCAAAAUUUAAAAUGUACACAWUUUUUUCUUGAAUGAACUAAGAGAAACUGGAUAUCGUCUCCAUGUUUGCAUGAAGAAAUAAAUACAUGUGGACAGAAAUCAACUGCAUUUCYACAAGGGGACAAUAAAAUCGACUUUUGGCCACUCUGUUCUCUGGUACCACAAUGGGUGGUUGUGCUGUAGUGCCUGCUGCUUUAAAAAUUUAAAAUCUGUUUUCCACUGUAAUCUCCUCCCAGUCAUUCCUUCUCAAACUAAUUCUUUUUAUGAUCAUAUUUUUCAUCCUGUAUUUCAGGCCAAAGAUUCUUAGAGCAAARUUAGUAAAUUUCUUUGUAUGAGGAUAAAAAUCUUCUAACCAUUUACUCCCAGGUUUUAAUAAGAAAUUUGAUGCUGAGAUACCUGACCAAAGAUAGAAAUCCCAGAUUUGACUUGUUUAGAAAAAACUUACUGAGACUUAAGGAGUUCUCUUGCAAGACCAAAAUAAGGACUGCUUUGUUGAGCUCAUAAGUAAGGGAGCCCUACAGCUUCUGAGCUUCCCAGAAGAGAUGCUUCUGUUGUUAAGCAGACUUCUUUGGAAAUGUGCUGGGGGAAAUAAAAUUAAAAAUCUACAUAUCCUAUAUGUAUAUUUUAUUAUAUAAAGCAAAAAGACUUCUGUUGUAUAGAUUCAUAAUUUUUUGAUUCAAGCCCUCUGAAGGCUUUCUAGGGUAUACUUACACAGGGAGAUAAUAUAAAUAUGCUGAAGCAGUUGAACAGAGUGUGUUAGUUAUAAAACAGUUGUCAGACAUCUCUCACACGUGAGUGAGUAGGAUGAGAUCAUCAUUUACGUGGCUGGAAAUAAAGAUGUGAAAAUUUACCUUUCCUGGAACAGCAAGGGUUGGUUCCUCUGUGGUCUGCCAAAAGGUGAACUUACUGCUGACUCUGGAAAACUUCAGUCUCAUUUUCAUUUUUUCUCCAGUUAGUAAAGCAAUGAAGUGAGAGCUGAAUAGUGUUGCUGAACAGGAAGUCCAAAGCUAUGUUUUGUGUCACGACACUCAAGUUUCUCAUAACCAAUGUGGUUUCAUAAUUUAUUAUUAUAAUUUAUGCAAUGUGAAUAUAAUUUAUAAUUAGUAGUUAUAAAAUAUUAAGGGUGAGGUACCAUUGCCUUUAUCAUAUGAUAGAUUUAUUUUAAUUGCAUUCAUACUGGAAGGCUUUUCUCUUCCUCUUCCCAUGGAGAAUGUCAUGGUGCUCCUGGCAAGAUAAAUUCCUAUGAUCUGAUGCAGUCCACAGUAAAUGUUUGCUACUCUUUCAUAGUUAUAUCAUAUAUAUCUAUAUAUAUAGAGUUUUUUUAUGAUUCCUCAAGGUAAUUGUUCAAAUUGAGCAAAUCUCUGUUGUUAGGAAAGGUAAUUUCCUAAGAAUGCAUUUUAUUGACCAUCACAAUCUGAGCUAUAAAAGAUAAUACUGGUUGACAAGGUCUACCAGCUCUUCAGAGGACACGACCUCAUUCUUCUCCCUUCUUCCCAAGAGACUUGCUCUUUCCUUGGAUGAAAGUUAAGGACUUCAGUGAUGUGCUUGUGCCUUCUGGAUGUCCAGACAGAAGCUGCAGCUUCUGGUGGCCACGUGCCAGGAGAUCCCAGACUGGUUGAAUGUGYAAUGCUGCAGCGUGCGUGCAGCAACUUAAAUUUCAAGAAGGUGCCUGAGCUUUAUGGCUUUCUGGGGACUGUGCAGUGGAUGUAGUGCACAAGGGACUCAUUCAGGUGAGGCUUCAAGUGCCACCAGCCUUGUGGCACGUGUUGUGCUGGGCCAUCUCACCAUGUGCAGGUGUAUCUCGGAGUUUCAUCGGGGCCGUAUCUCAAGCUGGCUCUUUCCAUAGCUACCCACCCACUUCCAAAACUCCUCAGAAUCCAGAGUAAAUCUCUGUUCCUUUCAUUUGCCAAAUCUCUUGCUACUGGCUUGGUCCAGUUCCGCAGAAGCUUCGGUUCACAUGAGCUAUUUGGAGCUCAGCUGGUCUAAGCAUUGACUUUCCCUAAUGAGCAAGGCUUGGGAAUGAAGAGCAGCAGAACUGUUCCGUACCACGCUUUGGCAUUGGCAUCACAGGCACCAGGGGUUGCCAUAUAAGAGCUCUUUUAACUGCCCCAGCAUUGCUUAUUUCCACAUAAAGCCUGUGUUUUAAAUGUGUGUAGACGUAAGUGUCCGAGCCUGACCCUGGGUGCGAUUGUGCGUGCGAUGUGAGUCAGCAGCAGCCACAGACCCCUGUCCUGCCCCUCGCAGAUUUUACAUUCUGUUUAUGUAUUUUUUUUGUUUCUUUUAUUUUCCUCCAGGUAAUACACUUUCUUCACCACUUUUCUCCUGGUGAAGGGCAAAAGGGUUUGAUCUUUGUAAGAUUYGUUAAAACAUUUUUGUGUUUAUAAAAAGAAAGCUGACAUAUAAAGAAGUAAGUGCUUUUGUAAAUUUUUUUUGUGGUAUAAUUCAGCAUUUAAGUGUUUUACAGAUGAAGGUUUUGCACUCUGCAUAUAUUCAUAAAAAWUAUAUUUAUUUUCUUUCUUCAAGGUUUACUUUGGGUUUUUUUUCUUCUGUUGUUACAAAAUGCAAUAUGUGCAACAUUAAAAAAAUCAGUGUAAAGAUGUCUUAUUCUGUUGUAAUCUUCAACUGCCUUUAAAAAGAUAACAAAGGAAAUGUACUGAAAGAAUUUGAAUACAUCAGAGGUGCUUAAUGGAAAUGGAAAUCAAUGGAAAUUUUGAGGAUAAAAUAAGGUAAAAGAGGGGGGAUCGAGAGUCUUGACUCUUACUUACUUUCUCGAGAGUAUUGACAUUAAAAUCCUUUUAAAGAGUGUGGGGCAGGCUCUGGAUUAGCUCUGGGAGCUGCUGCAGUGGUGURCAGACAGCAGUGGUGUUUCUGUAGGUGGAAUACAGAAUUACUAAAGAUCUGCUCCCCURUAGGUGGAGACUGGGGCUUAGGAGGUUUGAGAAGCUGGAGGAGCUGGAGCUGCCCCAGGCARUGGUUUAGGGAUGUGUGGCAGGCUGCACAAAGCAAAG